AAGCCUGAGAACUCUCUCUCUCUCUGACCAAACAAACAUACAUAUCUCCCUUCAAAUAUCUCUCUCGGACAUGCAAGGAAGCUGUUAAUUUCAAGAACCAAUAACACAAUCACCAUUGGUUUAUGCCACUGCAAUUUCUGAUACUUUAUGGUUUAUGCAUAUGGGUACCUUCUCAGAUAGAGUUUUAGUAUAAGAAAGUGGGAAAAUGGUGCUAACCCAAAUGAGAGGAGCAUCUGUAGUUGCAGGGAUCACCUCAUUUCGUUCUUCCUCUGACCCAAUCUCAAAUGCAAAUCUGCCUCUUAAGAAGGUCUCAAAAAGUGCAUUGCUUUCUUCUGGUAGAGCAGCUUUUCUCAUAGGUCAAUUUGAUGUAAAACUCCGAUUUUUCAGACCAUGGAGUCGUUUGCUGAGAAGAAGGCGAGAGGUUACACCAAGGUCUGUUCUUCCAUUAACCGAAGAAAGUGUAGAGAUGGUUCUCAAGGAGGUAAGGCCGAGCUUAAUGGCAGAUGGGGGUAACGUGGUUUUGCAUGAGAUAGAUGGACUUGUUGUGGUUCUAAAGCUACAAGGAGCUUGUGGGUCUUGUCCAAGCUCAACAAUGACUUUGAAGAUGGGGAUAGAAACUCGUUUAAUGGACAAAAUACCUGAAAUUCUAGCAGUCGAGCAGAUUCUUGAUACUGAAACAGGCCUUGAGCUCAACGAUGAAAAUGUUGAGAAGGUUCUUUCAGAGAUACGACCAUAUCUUGCAGGCACAGGUGGUGGGGAGCUUGAGCUCGUUCAAAUUAAUGGAUCCAUUGUCCAGGUCAGGCUUACUGGACCUGCAGCAGGGGUGAUGACAGUUCGGGUAGCCCUUUCACAAAAAUUGAGAGAGAAAAUACCAGCAAUUGCAGCAGUCCAGUUAUUAGAUCAGUGAUACCAUUUCUUCUGUAGUUAUAUGAUGUAAAAGAGAUAAAGGACCAUGGUCUGUGUACAGUCAUUUCGAGUGACCCUCCGUAGAAUAUUUUCCCAGUUGAACAAUGGAAAGUUACCCAAAAUAAUGACAAACAAGAAGAAUAAACAACAAAGACCCUUGUUCUAUCUUUUACUAAUUCCGAGCAGGUCGAGCAGGGAUCAAGCCCAAGAUGUCAAUGAAGUUUGUGAAUUCAGAAAUUUACAAGUCUAUUUUCCUAA